UUGAAGUUUAAUUUGUAAAUUUAUUGUAAUUUAAAUUAUAAUAUAUUUAUAAUUUAUACUAAAUAUGAAAUUAUUAUUAGUAUUGUUGUGUGGAUUGGUUUGUAUUGUGAGCGCAGACUAUCCUAUAGAGGACUAUAAGGCGGUCGCAAAGUCCCGUAACUUUACGGGUAGUGUAGUUGUAGUGACCGGUUCCUCGUCGGGCAUCGGAGAGGGAAUCGUUAAACUGUUUUCCAUAUUAGGGGCUAAUGUUGUGGUCACCGGAAGGAAAGCACAGGACGUUCAACGAGUGGCCAAAGAGGUGCAAGAAUUAUCACCUCUAAAAUUAAAGCCAUUAGAAGUUGUGGGAGAUUUGACCAAAACCUCUGAUAUAAACAAUUUAAUUGAUUCUACGAUCAAAAAGUUUAGCAAAAUAGAUGUGUUGAUCAAUAACGCCGGUAUAUAUCCGACGACAAACAUUACACAACCGAAUCUGUUGUCAGUUUGGGAUCAGAUAUUUGCACUCAAUUUACGCGCUGUCGUAGAACUCAUCCACCGAUCGGUUCCACAUCUGGAGAAAACCAACGGAACUAUUAUUGAUAUCUCAAGUAUUGGCGCAAUUACACCGCUUAAAAUGUUUCUUGGUUAUGGAGCGGCCAAAGCGGGUCUGGAUAUGUUGACCAAAAUAUUAGCCCUGGAAUUGGGAACCAAAGGUAUUCGUGUCAAUACUGUUAAUCCGGGUGUUAUACACGUAAAAGAAGACCCUUACGAACCGAUACUUGCAAAAUACACGCCAUUGGGAAGAGUGGGUCAACCCCUAGACAUCGCCCGUGCGGUCGCAUUCCUGGCCUCCACUGACGCCCACUUUAUAACCGGUGCUAAUGUUGUGGUCGACGGAGGCUUUGAAUUCACAAAUGACUAUCCUAUAGAAGACUAUAAGGCGGUCGCAAAGUCCCGGGACUUCACGGGAAAAGUGGUUCUCGUGACCGGUUCCUCGUCGGGCAUCGGAGAGGGAAUCGUUAAACUGUUCUCAAUAUUAGGGGCUAAUGUUGUGGUCAACGGCAGAACAGCACCUAAUGUUCAACGAGUGGCCAAAGAGGUGCAGGAAUUAUCACCUCUAAAAUUAAAGCCAUUGGAAGUUGUGGGAGAUUUGACCAAAACCUCUGAUGUAAACAAUUUAAUUGAUUCUACGGUCAAAACGUUUGGCAAAAUAGAUGUGUUGAUCAAUAACGCCGGUAUAUAUCCGACGACAAACAUCACACAACCGGAUCUGUUGUCAGUUUGGGAUCAGAUAUUUUCACUCAAUUUACGCGCUGUGGUAGAGCUGGUCCACCGAUCGGUUCCACAUCUGGAGAAAACCAACGGAACUAUUAUUGAUAUCUCAAGUUUGUCCGCAAUUACACCGCUUAAAAUUUUUCUUGGUUAUGGAGCGGCCAAAGCAGGUCUGGAUAUGUUGACCAAAAUAUUAGCCCUGGAAUUGGGGCCAAAA